CAAAUUAUAAUGCCCACUACUCUGAAAAGUAUCAUAUGAAUUACGAAAUUUAUUCUCACUUUGAUCCUGAAAGCAAUAUUGAUUUUGCUUUACUUUCUGACGAAUAUGUUACCAGCAACUUAUCUAUAAUUGACGAUAUUAAUAAAACUGAUGUGUUCGAAGAUGGUGAUUCUGAAAAUGAGCUUGAAGAUAGUCCCCUAAAAGAGAUAUAUACGGAUCAGACUUUCACUUCAUUUGAAGUACUUGAGCAAUGUCUAAAACGUUAUUUGAUUCGGAUUAGUUUUGAAACUAAGAUAGUGCGAGUUGAAAAAGAAAACGAUAUUUGUGUACGAAAAAUAUAUAAAUGUUCGACAUGGAG